AAUUUAGUUGAUAUUUGAUCCUUGUUCUUCUCUAAUCGGAAAGGAGCUUUGGACGACUUUCUUCUCAAUCUCGCCGAGCAUGUCUUCGAAGAAACUGAAAUCUGCCAACGACGCGAGUAGCAGCCGCGACGGCUUAGGCGGAGGAGAAAGCGUGAUCGCUGAUCAUGGCCGCCGGAGAAGCACUUGCGGCUAUUGUAAAUCCCCAGCUCGCUCCAGUAUCUCUCACGGUUUAUCAGCAGAGACUCUUACCGUUAGUGACUACCAAGCCCUUAUCGACCGAGGGUGGAGACGAUCUGGUUGCUAUCUUUACAAGCAUGAAAUGGAUAAAACGUGCUGCCCGUCUUAUACGAUUCGCUUGAAAGCAAGUGAUUUUGCUCCUUCUAAAGAGCAGCAGCGAGUGUCCAGAAGACUAGAAAGGUUCUUGGAUGGCAAGCUAGAUGUGCAGCCCAGGGAACAAGGAGAACAUACAGGUGCUUCUUCCCCACUGGGAACUGCUAGAAGUGAAGAAAAUAAUAACAUUGAACCAGUUAUGGAUGAUUUGUCUAAAAUGAUUGAUCAGGCUGUGCAAGUAUGCAUACAGAGUGGUGAAUUCCCUUCUAAUAUGCCGAUACCCAAAGCUUCGGUGAAGAAAGUUUUCUGUGAUAAAAAGAAGAAACUAGCUAAAGGUCCUGAACAACUCUUAUAUACAAGCAGCGUUGCAUUUCCAAUAGCAGCUGCAAUAAAACGCACACAUACAUCUGAGAAAGCGGAGAUAAACGGAAACAAAUUAUCACCUGAAACCAUCUCUGAGAUGUUAUUAAGUGCAAUGAGCAAGGUGAGGGAAACUCCUGGCGUAUCUAUUAAGGUCUCUAAAGGCCAUAUCAAUUUUCUUUCAGCUUCCCAAGAUUCUUUCUCUGAAAAGCAUGUUACAACUCCUAAUGAAACCCUUUGCGCUAAGAAGGAUUCAGAAAACCACAAGGCAAGAAAGCUAAAGCUGGAGAUGCGUUUGAAAAAGUCUAGUUUCGACCGCGAAGAGCACGAGUUAUACAAACGUUACCAGCUGAAAGUGCACAACGACAACCCAAGCCACGUAGUAGAGAGUUCGUACAGAAGGUUUUUGGUAGACUCUCCUCUGAUAUAUGUUCAACCUUCAGGCGACGACGAGAAGGUUCCUCCUUGCGGCUUCGGCUCUUUCCACCAGCAGUACAGAGUCGACGGCCGUCUAGUCGCUGUUGGCGUUGUAGAUAUUCUGCCUAAAUGUUUGUCGAGCGUGUACUUAUUCUGGGAUCCAGACUAUGCGUUCUUGUCUCUCGGGAAGUAUUCUGCAAUACAAGAGAUUAACUGGGUGAGAGAGAACCAAGUUCACUGCCAGAGUCUUGAGUAUUACUAUCUUGGCUAUUAUAUACAUUCUUGUAGCAAGAUGAGAUAUAAAGCAGCUUAUCGUCCCUCCGAGCUUCUCUGUCCUCUCCGUUUCCAGUGGGUUCCGUUUGAAGUAGCGAGGCCAUUGCUUGAUAAAAAGCCAUAUGUCAUCUUGUCUGAUAUCACGGAAUCACAAAACCAAUGUUCUUCUUCACUACCUCAUGGUUCCGAACCGAGGACAAAUGAACAUGAAGAGAUGGAACAAGGGGAGACGAAUGACCAUUUUAUGGGCGGCAGUGAUGAUGAUGAUGAUGAUGAUGAAGAAAUGGAUGAAAGUGAAUCAGAAGACACUCACAUUGAGUCUGAUAUAGACAACAUCAUUGUCGGUCUUUAUGGAUCGCAAUAUAGAUACAAGGAUCUACGGAAAAUGCUGACUCCUGUGGGCCGGAAGCAAUUGGAGCCGAUGUUACAGAGCUACCGUAAGGUUGUGGGAGACGAGCUUUCAGAGAGGAUGGUGUAUGAGCUCAGGUAAAGGCUUAAUAUCAAACUCCAUUGAGCUCAUUAAUUAUCACAAAUACUAAAUAAAUUGUUUGUAUUAAUUUCGAACUGAGAGUUUGUCAUGUUUCAGUUUGUUGUCUGCAUGAGAAUUCUUGUGUACACUGUUGUCUCUUCAAGCUAUUACAGCUGUUUGCUAUG